AUGAAGGUUUUGGGUCCUACUACUACUAAUACUACUAAUAGUAAGGGGAAGAAGAAAGAACGCCGCCAUUCUGCGAAUAUCCAAGUUGGUUCGAUGGCGUUUGACUUGGAGAUUCCCACGGAAUUGGAAGAAGCGGCCCGGGCAGACGCUCAGGCUGACGCAAAUAAUGCCAAUGGCAAUCAAAAGAAGAAACGCAAGUCGAUUGCCCUAUUGUUGGAAGAUGAAGAGUUUCUAAUGGCCAAGGACGGAGCAGACGUGGAAGUUUGGUUUCCCAUUCGUCGCAUCCACAGUCACCCGCGGCAAUGCUGUGCCAUCAUGUGUGGAAUGUGGAUUCUGUCGUUUGGCGCUCUGAUUCUGUUAAGUGUGGCCUUUGGCACCAUUGCCUUUGACAUUGGAGUUCCGUUCUACGAUCGCAGUGAAAUCAACGAACAACGCGAAGAUGCCUACGCAGCCACGCAACGGGAUGCCGACUACGUUGCUACCGUCAAGAGCACGGCCGAUGGAUCUUCCAAGUGUGUGCACGAAGCACCCACUAUUUUGACGCGCAAUGGAACACUCGUGCAAGGACCGCCUCCCGGAACCAACUGUCAACGCGCCACCCAACAACGCAUCAAUAUUCUCUACAUUUCCACCGAUCGCACUUCCAACAUUCUCACUUCUGACAAGUUGACUCAAAUACAUCAAAUUGAACAAGAAUUUUUGGCAAGACAACAAUUGUCGCAAUACUGCUAUUUGGUGCCCUCCAAUUACACCGCCUUUACCACACGAGAUCCAAUCGAAAUUGUCAGCGCCGUCGAAGCAUCCGCCAAUGCUACCGAAUUCAACCAUGUUUCCUGUGCCCGCAUCAAUUCCGUCUUGAAUCACAUGGAUCCUCUCUUUUUUGAUCCCGAUAGCGGGCUCGGAUAUCAUUUGCUCGUCGAAGAUGUCGUGCCACAGGAAUACACACUCACACAAGAUUACAUUGAUGAUGUGGCCCAGUUCUGGUCCAAUUACACCACUGAAACCUAUGAUCUCACGCCCUUUCCCGCCGCCGUGCAAACCGUUGGACAACAAAUCGUAUUGCCCAAUAUCUUUCAUCAAGUUGUCAGUUCCGAUUAUACACUCGGCAGUACCAAAGCCAUUGGGGUCAUUUCCAGUUACGACAUGGGAUUGCCUCUCAAUGGAUACUCCAGUUCCAGUCAAGCCACCGUCGAUCAAUAUGCCGAUGCGGGAACUUGGUUGUGGGAAGAAUACGACGAAUUCCUCAAAAACGCCGGGUUCGAUGGUGUCGAAGUCUACUUUUCGGACACGGAAGGGGCCAUGAUGGAUGCCGAAACGGGGUAUUUGGCCAUUCAAUCCUUUCUACUCUUUCCGGCAUCGCUGCUCUUUGUUUUGAUCUAUUUGAUAUAUAUGCAAGAUUCCUUCUUUAUUGGAUUCAUUGGAGUCAUGCAAAUUAUGUUGUGCUUCAUUCCUGGACUUAUCCUCUACCGCUACGUCUUUCAAGUCACAUACCUCGGAGUUCUCAAUCUCAUUGCCGUCUACAUUAUUUUGGGAAUUGGUGUCGACGAUUUAUUUGUCUUUUGCGAUCAAUGGAAACAUCGAGCCGACGAACGUCGAUUCGAUCAACGACUCCAAAAGACCUUCAAUGUCGCCAGUCGCGCCAUGUUUACGACAUCCGCCACUACCUUUAUUUCCUUUGUCACCAAUGUCGGGAGUGUCUUUCCGGCCGUUUCCUGUUUUGGACUCUUUGCCGCCAUUUUGGUACUCGUCAACUUUUGUGCCAUUACCAUGUUCUUUCCCGCGGCAUUUGGAAUGUACUACAAACACAUUCGCACCCAUUGGUGGGAUCAUCCGUCGCGUAUCCUUUGCUGUCAGUUUGGACGGCCGUGGACCGAUGAUGUUUACGAUCCCAGUGCUCAAACUACAUCCGCAUUGGGCAGUGCCAAACAAUCCACCGGGACGCAGAAAAGUACAACUACAGAUCAGCAAGACAAUAAUAAGGUCAACGACAGUAAGGAAGUGGAUCCAACCGUGACGGCCACCGACAAGAAGAGUGAUCAGGAAGAAGAAGAAGAAGAAGAAUCGGAGGAAGUCAAGACAGCGAGCAACGAGACGACGACUGCGGAGGACACCAACACCCAGGAAGAAGAACAACCCGAUGAGCAUCAUGUCUCCGAAUCCAGAUUGGUGACAUUCUUUCGUGACACUUGGGCUCCGAUCAUCAUCAAAUUACGCUUCCCCAUUGUCCUCCUUUUUAUCGGGGUCUUUGUCGGUGCCAUGAUUAUUGCAGCCAGAUUGGAACCCGACGAAUCGGCUCCCAAUACGUUGCCAAGCGACAAUGUGUAUUCCCAGUACACCGAUAUUCUUCUCAAGUACUUUGCCCGCUCUGGAAACCCACAAGCAAUCAACAGCUACUGGAUUUCGGGUAUCAACCCAGAUGAACCGAUCGACCGCACCGGAACAAGUGAUACCAACACAACCGAUUAUGGUCGAGCCAACUACGUUGAUUGCAGCACGUACAAUCCCACCACUCCGGAAGCUCAGGUUUGGGCAUUGAAGACUUGCCAAGACAUGUUUUGGGGCAAUGUUACGGAAUUCCACGGCGCGUCGACUGACUUUGGUAUCGAGGGAAAGUAUGGACCCCGCCAGAGGAAGAUCUUGACUGACCGAGUCCCGUACACGGACCAGUGGUACUAUUCCCUUGUCUCCUGUCCUCAUCAGGGCAUGAGGGAUUGGCUAUUGACCGAUGCAGGUUGCAACAGACUGACAGAGCGCGGAUUGCCUUGCCAUAACGAAACAGCCGCUCGGCCCAACUGUGUCACCUGGGACACCAACGGUAAUAGCUGUGAACCCUACCCUGUACCGUCAGAACAUUAUGCUGGCCUCUUGGAAAAGUUCUUGACCGACCCCAAUAUGGAUGCCACCACCCGACUCACAAACUACGACAAGUACUUCAGGGAAAUCUUCAUCGCUGAGGAACCCGAGCUCGACGACGAGCACAUUGAAAAAAUCUUGCAAAAGGACUUUAGCUGCCGCAGGGCGGAAGGACUCGUCUUGUUAGCCAUGUCCUCUACUGGAACUCUUGACCAGUCCUUUGAACAAAACUACGAAGACGGCCUGGAGCUCUAUGAAAGGUGGGAUGAAUGGUCCAUUCAAAUGAGGAAAUUCGCUCCACAGGAAAUGAAGGCCACAAUGCAGACUUCGAAUGGUGUCUGGAGUUACUACUUUUUGAACGAGACUCUCAUCGGAGAAACGUACAGGUCCAUCGGAUUGGCGAUGAUCCUAAGUUUCAUCAUUUUGUCUUUGGUUGGAGGUAACCCCAUCAUGGCGUUCUUUUCCGUGGGCACGAUCUUUUUCAUUGUUGUGGAUGUCUUUGCGUUCACGGUGCUCAUGGGCUGGAAACUUGGAGUGCUUGAGGCUGUUAACUAUGUCGUCGUCAUUGGGUUGUCUAUCGACUACACGGUGCAUCUUUCCGAAGCCUACACCGAGAGUCGAGCCAAGGACCGUCGCGGGCGUGUCAUCAAGAUGGUGGAGGAGAUGGCAGUCAGUGUCUUGAGCGGUGCAAUCUCCACCCUGGGGGCAACCUUCUUCAUGUUCUUUGCCCCGAACUUGUUCUUUGUCAAGUUUGCGGCUUUCAUCUUUGCUACAAUCAUCUUGUCAUGCCUUUACGCCUUGACUUUCUUCCCGGCACUGCUGUCGAUCGUUGGCCCGGUUGGAGAGGUUGGCAACGUCUGCUAUUGGAUUGGCAAGCGCUGGAGGAAAUUCAGGCACAAAGAGACGAUGAAAUACUUGGAAACAGAGCAGUUCAGCCGCCGAGAAUUGGCUGAGAGAGUCAGGACCGGAGAGAUCACUGACGAGAUAUGGGUCUAG